CUUGCUCCUCAAAGCGCGCCUUCUCAAUCAGCAUGCCUCACGCAAACGAGCCGACUUUCGAUGCCGCUGCCUUCGGCGAGCAGCACAUCACUAAGGGCAUCGGAAGACUCACGAAGCAUGUCUUCGAAGAUGGGAAGGGGUCCUACAUCACCACCGACAAGGGCGUCAAGCUCCUCGACAUGACCUCCGGCAUCGGCGUCUGUAACCUUGGCCACUGCCAUCCCAAGGUCAGCGAGGCUGCAGCAAAACAAUGCAUGAAGAUCACCCACGCACAAGUCAACAUUGGCUUCAGCGCCGCGCAGAUUGCCCUUCUCCGCGAACUCAUCCCGAUUCUCCCACAUCCUUCCCUGGAUACUGUCUUCCUCUGGAACUCUGGCGCUGAGGCUGUCGAAGCUGCCGUCAAGCUUGCACGAGCAGCAACCAAGAAGCAAAACAUCAUUGUCAUGCAAGGCUCCUACCAUGGACGUACAUGCGCAACCGCCGCUAUGACGCGCAGCAAGACCAUCUACGGAGAAGGACAUGGUCCAUUGAUGCCCGGAAUUUUCGCUACCGCCUUUCCUUUCUACGCUCAAUUUGGACUUCCUGCCGACACACCCAUCGACAAGCUGGUGGAGAUGUCUCUCUUCCAACUCAAACUCACGCUUUCGCAGCAGACCGCACCUUCAGACACCGCCGCCAUCAUCCUGGAGCCCGUUCUCGGCGAGGGCGGCUACGUCCCCGCACCUCCUGCUUUCCUCCACGGCCUCCGCAAAAUCUGUGAUGAGCACGGAAUCCUUCUUAUCUGCGACGAAGUUCAGUCUGGUUUCGGUCGCACUGGCACAAUGUUCGCCGUCGAGGACAGCGGUGUAAAGCCUGAUGUAUUGAUAUUCGCCAAGGGUAUCGCAAACGGAUUCCCACUCAGCGGUAUUGCCAGCACGAACGAGAUCAUGAGCCGUCAGAAGCCCGGCACCAUGGGUGGAACCUAUGCCGGUAACGCUGUAGCAUGCGCAGCCGCUAAGGCCGUCAUCGAAGUCUUCCGCGAGGAGAAGGUCCUGGACAACGUUGCCGCUCGGUCGAAGCAGCUCUUCGGUUUCUUGAAUAACCUCAAGAACUCUGGCAGCAAGGCAGGAAACCUGAUCCAGGAUGUGCGCGGAAGGGGCUUGAUGGUGGGUGUGCAAUUUCAGGAUGCGGACAUAAUUGCGCAAUCCCAAAACGAGGCAGCGAGGAAGAAGGGCGGUGCAGGACAAAUCGCGCCCAAGGUUGUGCAGGAGUGCGUGAAGAGGGACAUGUUACUCCUAAGCACUUCUGUGUUCGACGUUUUGAGGUUCAUCCCGCCCCUCACCAUCAGCGAGGCGGAGAUGCAGGAGGCGUGCCGCAUCUUCGGUGAGUCGCUGGAGGCUGUAGCGAAGGAGUUGUAGUUGUCUCUUUUCUUUUGUCAUUGGGUUUGGAGUUUCUAAAGCGUUUUGUCUCACAGGUAUUUAGCCUCAUGAUCAUGUAUAAGAGAUAUGUUAGUGUCUGAGCCGUGGUAUAAAUCAAGAAAAAUCCAUCGCUUCAACCACGUUCGAAGAUGAGCUGUGUUUGGAUGCACAAUGUGACAGCCCCUCGGCCCAUCUCAUGGUACUGUCCUGAAUUCACGAGAGGCUUGACGUGGUCAGCAGUUUAUUUAUUGAAGGAACCGUCUGUUUCUAUGUAUUC